AUCAAGGCUGGAUGGAAAAGUCCGUAUAAAGUUUGUUCAAACAAAUAUGAAGUUGAUGUCUUUAGAUUUUAACCAGGAAAAUCCAUCUUCAUAGUCUCCGAGUGUCACUGGAGGUAUUUCCAUCCGAAGUUUAUCAAACAUGUUCAGCUAGCUUCACGUCAACGGUGUUAAUUUUCUUAGCAUUCAUUAGCAAAGUCGCUAGCUCACCAGCUAACGCCCAGAGCUCCUUCCCCUUGGAGGGGGGACACCGCGCCAUCUCCGGACACCUGCUCGCCUGCCUGCUCUCGAGCAGAUAUGUAGCAAGAAAUUGGAUUCCCGUUCCUGCCCAGCUGAUUCAUACAGCUUGUGUUUUGCAUCUUCCCUCGGCGCCAAAUGGAUCAGAACCCAUCACCCAGCGCGAGGCGCUGCCAUCUCUGUUGUCACGGACUUGGACUCAUGGAAGACGUGAGCGCUGAGAUAUGAAGUAGAAGCUGGCACGUCAGAGUUUCUGCUGCAAAGUCCAGCUGACCUCCCGUGCAGAAGAAGAUGAAGAAGAAAAACAGACCAGAGGGCAAGAGCUAGCACCUCCCGAUCCACUCAGCUCCUUCCUCCUCGCUGCUCCUUCCUGCGCUCAGUGUGAGACAAAGUAAUCUUCAGUUGCUGUUUCCAAGGCCAACAAUGAACUCCCGACUUUUAAUUCAACCAGAAAACGAAACAUCUGAACAUCGGGGCGAAGUUCGUUGAUGAAGAAGAGCAGUCAUGUCUUUCCAUCAGGAUCGUGGGGGUCCGAGGGGAGGAAUGCCCCCUGGCCAGCACGGCGCCCCUCAGAGCUACCGCCCCGCCAACAUGCGGCCACCCCCACCGCAGCCUCCAGCGCCCCCGUACCACUACGACCCCCAGGCUCCUCCCAGCUCGGGCUACCACGGAAGCAGCAGCUACAUGCCGCCACACUCCUCUGACUUCAGGCCGUUCCAUCCUCUGGCGCAAUCCCAGACUCCUGGUUCUCACAACCAGUGUCCAGCGCGGCCACCUUUUCCCAAGCCGCCGGUCCGCCAGGGCUUCCUAGAACCUCCGCCCAACUUUCCACCUCCUCCCCUGCCCAGCUCCACCGGGGGUCCGACACCAGGGUCCCAGGUCUCUGCUCAGAACACCUACCACCCUUACAUGAUGCCACCUGUGGCCCCACCGCCGCUACCACACCCGUCCAUGCCUCACCCCAUGGCUUCUCAGUCCAUGGGCUACCACCCUCCGUACCCUAUGAACUACCCCCAUCCUCCCCACCCACCCUUCCCGCCUCCCACCUUCAGUCCUGGCUACUCGCAGAGCCCGAGCUCAUUCAAACCCGACCAGGGCUUCAGGCACGGGGGCCAGUACAAGUACGACAAACCCCAGGACAACAGGAGGUCUCCAGAGCGAGGCUAUCGCCACGAUGACCAUAGGCAGAAGGGCUACGGCUACGGCGGCCACGGCGAUAGGCACAAGAUGGAGUUUCCCGGAGAGAGGAAAGACCGCGGCAGGAGUCCAGACAAGCGAGGCAAGGCGCCGGAGGGCGGGAGGUACAGGUCUGACUACGACCGAGGCGGCAGGACUCCCCCCAGACACAGGAGCAGGGAUCGCAGCCGAGAGAGGCAUCGUCACAGAGAGAGUCUGAGAUCCCAGUCGCCCGACAGGCACAGGAAGAGGCCUCGGAGUCGGUCCACGAGUCGAGACAGGAAACGCGGCCGCUGGGAAGACGAGCGCGACAGGAGGUCGGAGGGCUCCUCCGGCCCGAGCAGGGAGCGCGGCUACUCGUCCGUCCGGAGCCGAGAGUCCGAGGAGUCCGCCUUCGGCGACCGGGACCGAGAGCGAGAGAGGGAACGGGAAAGGGAACGGGACCGAGAGCGAGAAAAGGAGAAGGAGAAGGGUGAUGAAGAGAAGGAGGAGGACGAGCUGCUGAAACCCGCCUGGAUCCGCUGCACCCACGCCGAGAACUACUACUCCAGCGACCCCAUGGACCAAGUGGGAGAUUCCACCGUCGUGGGGACCAGUAAACUGCGGGACCUCUACGAGCGUUUUGAGGAGGAGCUGGGCAGGAGACAGGAGCGAGCCAAGGCUGUGCGACCCAAAUGGGACCCGCCCAAGACCAAGCUGGACGAUGAUCCAGACGGCAGCAGCAGCGAGUCGGACUGCGAGUCGGACGGCGAAGGGAGCACCUGCUCCAGCAGCUCCGACUCGGAUGUGUUCGACGUCAUCGCCGAGAUCAAGAGGAAGAAGGCUCAUCCCGACCGGCUGCACGAGGAGCUGUGGUACAACGACGCAGGACAGAUGAAUGAUGGCCCCUUGUGUAAGUGCAGUGCCAAGGCCAGACGUACAGGGAUCCGCCACAGCAUCUACCCGGGGGAGGAGUCUGUGAAACAGUGUCGGUUGAUGAACAACAACUCAGGGAAACUGUUCCACUACAGGAUCACCGUGUCUCCUCCCACUAACUUCCUGACGGACAGGCCGACGGUGAUCGAGUACGAUGACCACGAGUAUCUGUUCGAAGGCUUCUCUCUCUUCUCCCACACUCCGCUCACGAGCAUCCCAUUGUGCCGUGUGAUCCGCUUCAACAUAGAUUACACCAUUCACUUCAUAGAGGAGAUGACACCCGAGAACUACUGCGUCCGAGGCCUGGAGCUGUUCGCCGGCUACUUGUUCCAGGACGUUCUCGAGCUGUACGACUGGAACCUGAAAAGUCCUGAGUUCGACACGGAGACGACGGGAUGCCAGCAGUUCCAUUUCAUGCCCCGCUUCGUACGAUUUUUACCUGAUGGAGGGAAGGAGGUGCUGUCCAUGCACCAGGUGCUGCUCUACCUGCUGCGCAGCAGCAAGCCCCUGGUCCCGGAGGAGGAGAUCGCCGACAUGCUGCAGUGGGAGGAGCUGGAGUGGCAGAAGUACGCCGAGGAGUGCAAGGGCAUGAUUGUCACCAACCCGGGCAUGAAACCCAGCUCCGUGCGUAUCGACCAACUGGACCGGGAGCAGUUCAACCCGGAUGUCAUCACCUUCCCCAUCAUCGUUCACUUUGGAAUCCGCCCGGCGCAGCUCAGCUACGCCGGAGACCCACAGUACCAGAAGCUGUGGAAGAGCUACGUCAAACUGCGCCACCUGCUGGCCAACAGCCCCAAGGUCAAGCAGAUCGACAAGCAGAAGCUGACGCAGAGAGAGGAAGCUCUUCAGAAGAUCCGCCAGAAGAACACGAUGCGCCGCGAGGUGACGGUGGAGCUCAGCAGUCAGGGCUUCUGGAAGACGGGCAUCCGCUCCGACGUCUGUCAGCACGCCAUGAUGCUGCCGGUCCUCACACAUCACAUCCGCUACCACCAGUGCCUGAUGCACCUGGACGCGCUCAUUGGCUACGUCUUCAAGGAACGCUGCCUCCUUCAGCUGGCCAUGACUCACCCCAGUCAUCACCUCAACUUCGGCAUGAAUCCCGAUCACGCCCGCAACUCGCUCUCCAACUGCGGGAUCCGCCAGCCCAAGUACGGCGACAGGAAGGUCCAUCACAUGUACAUGAGGAAGAAGGGAAUCAACACACUGAUUAACAUCAUGUCUCGUCUGGGACAGGACGACCCCUCCCCGUCCAGGAUCAAUCACAACGAGAGACUGGAGUUCCUGGGCGAUGCCGUUGUGGAGUUCCUCACCAGUGUCCACCUGUACUACCUGUUCCCAUGCUUAGAGGAGGGAGGCCUGGCCACGUACAGAACGGCCAUCGUGCAGAACCAGCACCUAGCCAUGCUUGCCAAGAAGCUGGAGUUGGAUCGCUUCAUGCUCUACGCUCACGGGCCCGAUCUGUGCCGGGAGUCGGACCUGCGACACGCCAUGGCCAACUGCUUCGAGGCUCUGAUCGGUGCUGUGUAUUUGGAAGGAGGCCUGGACGAGGCUCGGCAGCUCUUUGGUCGACUACUUUUCAACACAGAGGACCUUCGGGAGGUCUGGCUCCACUUCCCACCGCACCCCCUGCAGGUCCAGGAGCCUCAGACCGACCGGCAGCUCAUCGAGACGUCUCCGGUCCUGCAGAAGCUGACGAGCUUCGAGGAUUCCAUCGGCGUCUUGUUCACGCACGUGCGUCUGCUGGCCAGGGCGUUCACCUUGAGGACGGUGGGCUUCAACCACCUCACGCUGGGCCAUAACCAGAGAAUGGAGUUCCUGGGCGACUCCAUCAUGCAGCUGGUGGCCACAGAGUACCUGUUCAUCCACUUCCCCGACCACCACGAAGGACAUUUAACACUGCUCCGCAGUUCGCUGGUGAACAAUCGCACGCAGGCCAAAGUGGCGGAGGAGCUGGGCAUGCAGGACUUCGCCAUCACCAACGACAAAACCAAGCGGCCCGUUGCUCUGCGGACCAAGACGCUGGCCGACCUGCUGGAAUCUUUCAUCGCCGCACUCUACAUUGAUAAGGAUCUGGAGUACGUGCACACCUUCAUGAACGUCUGCUUUUUCCCUCGGCUGAAGGAGUUCAUUCUGAACCAGGACUGGAAUGACCCAAAGUCUCAGCUGCAGCAGUGCUGUUUGACCCUGAGAACCGAGGGCAAGGAGCCCGAUAUCCCGCUGUACAAGACCCUGCAGACCGUCGGGCCCUCACACGCCCGCACCUACACCGUCGCUGUGUAUUUCAAAGGGGAGCGAAUCGGCUGUGGCAAAGGCCCAAGCAUCCAACAGGCGGAAAUGGGAGCUGCGAUGGAUGCACUCGAGAAAUAUAACUUCCCACAGAUGGCUCAUCAGAAGCGCUUCAUCGAGCGGAAAUACAGGCAGGAGCUGAAGGAGAUGAGACGGGAGCGCGAGCGGCAGGAGCUGGAGCCUGACGACGUGGAGGAAUGUAGGAAGUGACAAGCACCUUCUCUCUUUCUUCUCCUUCUUUUACACAACACCAUCGCUACCUGCGUUCCACCGCGAGGAGGCCUGUUGAUCGUGGAGCUGUGUAGUGUAGAAAAGAUGAUUGGCCCACUGUUCGUCAACUUCUACGUGAACCUCAGUGGGACACAGGUGAGGCUUCGUUGGGUCGAUACGACUGGUUUGGAUUUGGAUUCGUCCACUGUGUGUCAGUAAAAAAACACAUCUAUAAAUGAAUUAUGAUGCUGUCAUGUUUUACACGGUGUGGUACUGUAGCUGUCAGACGUGGCCUUUUUUCUUCUGUCUUAUGUUCAUGUUUUUUGCCAAAACUUAAAACUUUUAAAAUUCAAAAGUCCAACAACAGGAGCUCACAAUGAUAUGACAGCAUAUCAGGGCCAUUGUGGGGGGAAACAAAUACAACAUUACAGACCCAGUGGGGAGGGAGGGGGGUUAUAUUUGGAGGAAAAAACUCAGAGAAAAAAACACUGAUAUUCUCUGAGAUUAUAAAAUCAUAAAUUUGCGAAUGUUUUUAUUAUAGAAAUUCUCUGAGAUUAAAUUCACAAAUUGACGAGAAAAAAAUACGGUGUUCUUGGCUAAAAUCACUAGUAUCUCUUUAUUGCUCAAUCUGAUGUGUUGAUCCUGAAGCGAUGCAGUUCCUUGAAAAACAAAAACACAAUAUUCAGACUUUUAUAAAAAUUUACCACUUGAAUCUCAAAGAAUAUCCAAGUUUUUUUUCCUCGUAAAUUUUACGACUUUAAGGUAAGAAAUUCUUUUACCCCCCACCUCCGUAAUUAUUUUAAUUUUUUCCUACAAUGGCCCUCGUACGCCGUCGUACAAUGUUACUGACACAUGCCACAAAAUCAAAACAAAACAAAGAGAUCGUGUUUUUAAAUGGAAUAUGAAAUGUCAAAUAAAUAACAUGAGGUCAUAUUGUAAAUAAAGUUCCAGAUUCUGUUCUAAUCAGUGUCUCUUUUGUAAUCCAGAAAGAGGCUCGCGUCAAUUACGUUCUAUCACCAUCUGUCUCACAUCUGUCACUCAUCCUCUAAUAAUAAAAAUGUGGAUUUUUUUUUUA